AACAGAAAUAACUGUAACUGUGCACUUAAAAACGUUUGUGGAUUGAAGGAUUCAUUCGCGGUUUAAUUGCAAGAUAAUGGAUGCGAAGUUUACAGGCAAAAAGACAUCAGAAGACCAGGCGAUUGAGCAGGCAUUAAGAAGGCUUAAACAUUUGCACACUUCGCUGAUGCCACACGAGGGAAGCAAAAGACAAAAUGGACAUGACGACAGAAUUUUAUUUCGGACCAAAGAAUUGAAGUCGAGACACGAGGAACAACUUGCCAGAGCUAGAAGAACUCCAGAGAAACAAUAUUUUCUGUCUUUGCAACCGAAGACUCCAAGCACGUCCAGAGAAAAGGUAAAAACACGGGUUGUGAAGCGUAAACAAGAGAAGAAAGCCAUUCGAACGGGCCGUGCACCAUUACAGGCUUACCGAGUACCAAGUUCUUCAGUCACCGCCGAAGAAAUGCUUCAAUCGAAGAGAGAUAAUAUGAUAGACUCAAGAGAUAACCGUGGUUGUAAAGAACGUCUUUCUAAGUCAGCGCCAGGGGUGUUCUGCGCCAAUGAUCCUCACAAAUGCAUUCAGUGCUAUACAAAAGAUUUUGGUGAGAACGCAAACAGGGAGAAACCGACUAAGGAAUACUUUACAAACAUGAAAAUUAAUCGCGUUACUUUCUCCGCUCGGCCAAGUGGCUACAAAGUCAAGUCAGUGCGUGAAAGCAAAAGCAAAAUUGAAGUGCCUAAAAGUUGUUUCUUUAAUGGCUGGGGCGUGCGGUCAAACAAGGAAUCAUUACCACAAGGUGGAGACACAAACAACGAUUUGAAGCGAAACGUGGCCAAGGAAACUAUGGAUGUUACUGUCGGUUUGAAGACCCUUAGACUAGAACCCAAGAGAAUGCAACAAGAACAGACCGAGCAAACAGUUUCCCAACCCCCUCCCACACCGGUUCGACAAAUUGACAUCAAAUUACCUCAAGGGGUGAUGGUAAGGUAUCAACUGUCAGAAGACGAUUAAUGUACCGUUGCCCUCUAAAAUUGACGUAAAGAAAGGAGAAUUUAGAAAUGAUCAACUUAUUUCUCCUUACCAUGUUGCUGCAGUCACACUUGCAACUGUGAUAAAAUACUCAUGAGGCUGCUCAAUUCCUGCAAUUGAUGGGAGCCGAUCGUGACCGAAGUAUAUUGAACCUAAUCGAUCUUUCUUGGUGUGAGCGAGACUUUUGGUGCAUCAUAUAUAUAUACAAACUGUGAUGUGACCACUUUGGAGAAUCUAUAUACUGAUGGCUCUCGAAAGGACUUAGUUCCCCGUAUCGCGCAGCUUUAUAUAUUAUUCUGAUUUCCAUUGCAUGUAGUCACUUACUCAGUGUCAAAUAUUAUAUGACCUAUAAUACAUGAAACGCUUUAUAAGUAUAACUAUGAGCUCAUCGAAGUCAGUUUAUUAAAUUUGUUAGGAUGGUAUGUAAGUCACAAACCAUCAAGGUAUAACACUCACUCGCGGAUCAGUAUAAAAUCUUCAGCCAAGCUUGAAACCACUGGCUCGAGAAUUAUUAAUUUUGUUGUUGGUGUCUGAAGACACUAUAAUUUAGAUUAAAGACUUUGCAAUGUUGCACAAUCCCAGAAAUUUACCUCCAUAGCUU